CGCACGCGCAGAGUUCUUUCAAUUCAAAAUCGAAUAAUGAAGCAGCUUUCAAUUAUUUCUUGAUUCUUGUCGCUACAUUGCACUACGGCGAGAAAUAACACCGCUUUUUGUAUUUACUUUUUGUUUGUUGUGAACUUCAUCCUUGUUAGAACAUGGAGGGUCCAACCGGACCAUCACCAUGUGGAGCGGGAAACAUGACUGAGGCUAUGGAGAGCCUGUCAGUGGAUGGGUGUCAGAGUGACAGCUGCCAAUGUGACAGACUACAGGGCAAAGUGAAAGUAAACAGCAAGAGGUACGGCCGAGGAGCCGUGGAAUCAGGCCUGACACACGAGUGCGGCGUGUUCGGCGCGAUCGGGCUGGGCGAGUGGCCGACGCAGGUCGACGUAGCACAAGUCAUAUGCUUAGGAUUAGUCGCUUUACAACACAGAGGCCAAGAGUCAGCGGGCAUCGUGACGUCGGAGGGCAAGUCCGCGCGCACGUUCAACUCGCACAAGGGCAUGGGCCUCAUCAACAACAUAUUCAACGAUGACGCCAUGAAGAAACUCAAGGGGAACCUCGGGAUUGGACACACCAGAUACUCGACGUCGGCGGCGAGCGAGGAGGUGAACUGUCAGCCGUUCGUGGUGCACACCGCGCACGGCGCGCUCGCUGUCGCACACAACGGUGAACUGGUCAACUGCAGCAGUCUGAGAAAGAUGGUGCUGGGUCGCGGCGUGGGUCUGUCGACGCACUCGGACUCGGAGCUGAUAACGCAGGCGCUGUGCCUCAACCCGCCGGAGGGUGAGACCGACGGCCCGGACUGGCCCGCGCGCAUCAACCACCUCAUGAGGUUGGCUCCGUUGAGUUACUCGCUGGUGAUAAUGUUGAAGGACAAAAUCUACGCGGUGCGAGACCCCUACGGCAACCGCCCGCUCUGCCUAGGCAAGAUCCUGCCGAUGGGAUCCUCGUAUGCCUACAAAACGUCUUCGAAGCAGCAUGCUGAGGUCCUGAUGAACGGCUGUGCUAAGAACGGAGUUGACGACAGGCCUGAGGGAUGGGUGGUGUCCUCCGAAUCAUGUGGCUUCCUCUCUAUUGGCGCUCGGUACGUCCGCGAGGUGUUGCCGGGCGAGAUCGUGGAGAUGUCUCGUCACGGCGUCCGCACCGUCGACGUGGUGGAGCGGCCGGCGGACAAGCAGCAGGCCUUCUGCAUCUUCGAGUAUGUCUACUUCGCGAGAGCUGACAGUAUUUUUGAGGGUCAAAUGGUGUACAGCGCGCGUCUGCAGUGCGGGCGCAUGUUGGCGCGCGAGUCGCCCGUCGACGCCGACAUCGUGUCCUCCGUGCCCGAGUCCGGCACCGCCGCCGCGCACGGCUACGCACGACAGUCCGGUAUACCAUUCAUGGAAGUCCUGUGCAAGAACCGCUACGUCGGGCGUACGUUCAUCCAGCCGUCGACGCGUCUACGUCAGUUGGGCGUGGCCAAGAAGUUCGGCGCGCUCAGCGAGAACGUCCGCGGCAAGCGUAUAGUGCUGAUAGAUGAUUCGAUCGUGCGGGGGAACACUAUUGGACCGAUUAUCAAGCUGCUGCGAGAUGCUGGGGCUGCUGAGGUCCACAUCCGCAUCGCGUCCCCGCCGCUGAAGUACCCGUGCUACAUGGGCAUCAACAUCCCCACGCGCGAGGAGCUCAUUGCCAACAAGAUGGACGCCUUCAAGCUCGCCGAGCACGUCGGCGCCGACAGUCUCGAAUAUUUAAGCGUGGAGGGUCUGGUGAGCGCGAUCCACUACAACAUGAAGGCGACACCUAGCGACGGCGUGGGCGGGCACUGCACCGCCUGCCUCACCGGGGAAUACCCCGGCGGCCUGCCCGACGACGCUGACUGGUGAUCACCACGUGACGUGACCACGGGCGAGAUGGCCAGGGUCUCAGAUGUGGCCUCGGGUCAGUAGCGAUCAAAAUUGACCACAAGUCCAGAGAUGACCAUGGCUCAGAUCACAACCACUGAAUAUCGAUAGCUUUGAAAUGAUCACGGCUUUGAUUUUCAUUAUUCGCAAUUAUUCCAGAUCGACUCGGAUUUAAAAACUUACAUUCCUAUUGGUCAACGCUGCCUAGCGUAGCGAGUGUACAAAUUAUUAGCUAAUCCGAGUCGAAUUACAAGUCGUGAACCAGGUCCCUGAUGACUACGGAGCACAGAGAUGUUUCUGCUAUGAUCCCGCGUAAUGCGUGAUCAAAUAUGAUCAUGGAGUACUAUGUGGUCAUCAGAUUCUCGUUAUUGACGUAUUUUUGCUCUCCUAUAAUAACAUAGUAGUUUCUCAGAUAUUUCCACAAAUAGCCUUAUGACUGAAAAUACAUUCCUAAUCUCAGAAACAAGACUGUUGUCUCACGUUAAAUCUUAACAAAAA